UUUUACACCGCACACUGGGGGGAUGCUUCCUAUUUGUUUGUCUUUUAUCUCAUUAGAGGUGUCGGUCAUUCACUUUGUCCUGCGUCUCUUUCAGUGCCCAUUGCUCCGCUUUCGAGCGCAAAGCGAAAGCCAGGCUUAUUUCUGCUUUUACUAUUACAGUUCUUUAAGAGUCGAACUUUCAAAUGACCAGUGAAACCACGUGCAUUUGUUUAUGUCAACUUGUUUACGGAAUCCUUGUAAUACUGAAGGAAGCCCCGUAGCGUACAAGUAGAGACAACGCCAUAUUGGAUCAGUGGUUAAUUUUUGCGUGGAUGCGUUAAUUUUUUCCCUCAGAUUGAAGACAUUUGAGAUAUGUUAAAUAACUGUGUAUUGUGUUAUUAAAGUGUUUGUAAUGAUGGUUUCCAUUAAUGAAGUGUUUUCGGUCACGGACUAGUGUUUGUAUUUGGAAUAAUUAACACCUUGUCGGUACUUUUGAAAUCGAUUUGUCAGGCAGUUAACAAAUUUGGAACGUCCUUGAUUGACCGCCAGGCGGUGAUAUUGACAGUGCCAUCAUGGAAAAGAUGGAUGUAGACGAUGAUGCAGUUGUGGAUCUUAGUGUCAAGCGAGACAGAGACAUGCAGCCUUCACCAGCCAGCAGGAAUACAGUGGGUGCAAGUGAGGUGCCACAAGAUCUCUCCCGUUCACACAGGCCCAUUUCAGACGACAUGAUGGGUGCUGGUGACACAAUGUCUCGUGGCUUGAUCCCUCGUAGCAUAAAGGAGUUCGAUGAUCGCUAUCCACGACGCAACCUGAGGCCCCGAACAGAGCGUAACUAUGCUGAGAGUCCCGACAUCAUUGUGCUGUCCGAUGAGGAACCCCGAAUAAACGGGUUUGCUACCAAUGGCUAUGACAGUGACACAGACGAGGGGGAGAUGCCACCACUACCCCCUAUCAAGGAGCUGUCUCCAGCUGAGCUCGCAGAGCGUGAGCGGGGGUUGCGCAAGCUCCGUGAAGAGUUGCGGAAUGAGGAGAUGAAACUUGUACUACUCAAGAAGCUGCGUCAGUCACAGCAGAUGAAGGAGAAUAUUGCAGUGGUGCCUCCCAGCCAGCAGCCAUCCUCUAAGGUGCCACCCCCUGGCAAACUGCCUCCCCCACCACAGCAGCAGCCGCCGCCUCCACUUGUAAGGACGAACCACACAAAACAGCCGAUCCCCAACAUCAUCCCACCACUGCUACGAGGGCAGCCUCCACCCUCAAGGGGUCAGAGUAUUCAUCACCCUCCUCCACUGAUGAUGGCUCCGCAGCCAGGCCGCGGCUCAUCUACAGGGUUGCCACCCAACAUGAUGCUGACACAGCAGUCUCUCCGAGGUGGGAGUGGAUCGCUGAGUGGCAGGCCUCCUGUAAACACGCCUCCCAAUGUGGUGAUGGGCUACUCUGUAGGGUCACAGGACCGUGGCGCACCCAAAGAGUCCCAUCACUCCCCUGCGCCGCCCCCCAUCUCUCAGACGCAGCAGCAACAGCAGCAGCAGCAGAUACUCGGCAAUGUGGAGAACAAAACUCCCAUGAGCUCCACCCCUCUGCAGCUACCAGAGCAGGAUCGGGUGCGUGUGGAAGAGACGCAAACACCAGCACAGCGUCAGGCAGCUGCAAAAUUGGCCCUGAGAAAGCAGCUGGAGAAAACCCUGUUGCAGAUUCCUCCCCCAAAGCCACCCCCACCAGAGAUGCAUUUCAUCCCAAACCCGUCGAAUACGGAGUUCAUCUACCUGCUUGGAUUGGAGCAUGUCGUGGACUACAUCACCAAGGACCAGAAGACCCCACCCCCACCUGAUGCAUUCAAAUGCUCACAGUGCCAGACGGACUUCACACCUGUAUGGAAGUGGGAGAAGAAUCCAUCAAAAGGCAAAGAGCCUAAGGUUAUAUGUGAGCAGUGCGUAACAACAAAUGUCAAGAAGGCGCUGAAGGCAGAACAUACAAACCGUCUGAAGACUGCAUUUGUGAAGGCCCUACAGCAGGAGCAAGAGAUCGAGCAACGACUAGCGCAGGUGUCCUCGUGCUCGUCCCCCACCACACAACAACCUGCUCCCCCUCCAGUGCCAGAACCUCCCAUCCAUGCCCCCCCUGCCCCCUCCCCAGUGAUUAUGUCUGCUUCCAAACCCACCACACCAACCCUACCUCCACGCCAUGCACCCACUCCCCCAGCCCCUGCUCCUCCCCCAGCCCCCACACCACCACUACCACACCGUGACCACCCUCUGGCAAAGCUGGCAGCUGAGUCAAGCAAGUUUGGGUCCCACCACGCAGCAGCUGCAGCACUACACCAGCAGCUGCUGCGUGGGAUGCCCCAGCACCAGCCCAUGCCUGCACAUAUGAUCCCCUUCUCGCCUCUCCUAUAUCCGUACCACCAGCUCGCCAUAGCUCAGGCAGCGAGCGGUAAGAGUACAGUGGCAGCUGCUGCGGCGAAUCUGGUGGAGCUGCAAAGGCAAGCAGCAGACCUCCAGCGACAGUACCUGCUCGACAUGAUACCCUCGCCACAACCCUCACCUUCUCGCUCUCACCCCCACUCCAUCAACAACUGGAAGACAUGAUGGCAGAGCUCUUCCAGCAGCCAGCAGCAACCACCUGGGUUCCCGCAUCUCACCACGGGCUGGGAGAACCUCAACUAGUUCAUAUAGAGUAGAACUGGGGACCAAGGUGGGGUAGAGCACUGGGAAAUGCUGUGGGACAGCUGCUGUCAUUGCUCAACUGACAGUGCGAGUAAUAUCCAGUAUUAUGUUGUUGCGUACUCAGUCUGGAAGUGUCCUCAUUGCUGCCAACACAAGAUGUUUGUUCUAGCCAGCACUGUAACCAAGCAUUUCCCAAGCUGGUCUCGCCAUUUGGUGAAACUUCCUGUAAAUAAAGAGAACUCCCCACUUUUAGCAGUGGUACCAACCUCUUCUUGUUUUGGUUUUGUAAACAGUGUACUGUGCUUGUGAUGUGGAGGAAGUGACUUCCCGUUCUCAGUAUCUUGGUGUUUGUGGAUCCGUAUGUUCAGUGUCGGUUCCUUCAUUGUCAUUACUUAAAGUUUUAUAAUGUUCAGCAUCUUCACAACCAGCUGUACCAUUUGCAGACACCAGUGAACUUGCCCAUUUCUCCUCGCCCUGGAACGUGUUAUAUGUCUGAUGAAUCAGGAUUAUCAGAUUUUCUCCUGUAAAUGUUAGAGUACACAGAAAAGUCCAAUAAUAAUCCUAAUGGUGAUAAUGGAAUCUCCGGUAGUGGAAGUGCAAUUAGGGGUGUUCAGUUUUUUCCAUAUGUAACAGGUGGUAUAAGUGGUGGGACAGACAGCGCAAGAGAAGUGUGCAUUUGUUGUAAGUGCUGUAUAAACAUGUUUUGCUCAUUUUUGCAUUUGCUAACAUAGCAGCAUGGUGUGUAUGUGCGCUUGCGCACACACUCUUGUUAUUAUGUCAUUCAUCCCUUUGUGUCCUUCCUCCACCCUUCUUCAUUUCUUCAUCACUGGGGCUGAGAAGCGGAGUACUGAAGCUGCCACUUGCUGAAUGGCAUAGGGCAUACAACCCAGUAACUGGCAUAAAUCUUUUCGUGACAAUUUCUUAUCUUGUUUAGGUCUUAGGAAUUUUGAGGUUUUUGAUUCUCUCUCACAGCAGUGUCUGUGAAGAUUGCUCGCUUCUGGGUUGUGAUCCCAUGUUUUUUGGUAGAUAGUCACUGGCUGGUGUCUCGGAGGAACCUAUCCACCAAACUGCCUGGCACCUCAUCCUAGAAGACAAUGCAAAUUUUGUUUUCCAAAUGCCAUGCAGUGACGUCUGAAUGAGCAUACAUUUGUUAUGUAGGUGAAACCUUUUCUUAUUGUCCCAGUGGAGAAACAUGCAUUUCCCUCUGUGUUUGUAAAUAUAUAUAUAUAUGGUGCUUGUCUGUCUGGGUGCUCCUAAUGCCUGUCGCAUUGAUGGUUGUUCUGGUCAAAUUGUGUGGCCAUACAUGAUAACAUGAACAAGAUAAUUGCACUAAAAUAUUCUCAGGCAAUUGGCUGUGUUUUAAAGCUCACAUAAACAGACAUUCUGGAGACCUGCCAAGUCACUGCAGGGUUGAUCCUGGUAAUCGGGUCAGAGCAAGCCUUCAGAACAUGGCUUUUGAACUCUUCUUUGACGUGACUGUGCGAAAAAUUUUAGGACAGUUAUUCUCUGUGAAAGCUUUGGACCUUAUGUAAUUUUUGUAUAAAUUUUAUUUCUGAGCAGGCCGCAGUAAUCCACACAGUGUGCUGAUAUUCCAUGAUAGUAUCAUUGAAAUCUCUUAACAUGAAGGUACCUGUUCUGUGAGGUAGCGUUCGCCAUGAGCAAAAUUAAAUUUCCAUACAGAAUUCAUACAUGUUGCUGUUAGUGUUUAUUCUUUGCACAGUGUGCAUAAAAUUAAUUCUUAAACAUAAUUUUAAUUUUUUAACAUAUUUCAUCUCUGAAAUUAUUCUUGUAGAGUUCGGAUAAAGUUCGGUGCUGUGGGGGUCAGCAAUAAAAUUAAUGAAAAUAGUUUAAUUUCUGUCCAUAUGAAUGCAAACUCUGUCAGAUUUCUGAAGAUGAGCUCUCUGUAGGAAGGCUUCAUACAUAACAAAAUAUGGAUCUCAUGAGCAGAACGUGUGUGAAAUAUUUUUUAAUCUCGUGAAUAUUUAAGAGAACAUGAGAAUAAUGUUGACACUGAGAAGUGUGAUAUUUGUCACCAAGAGUAGGGGUUCUAUAUCUGUUGCUGCUGCAGUAGUGGUGGCCAUGUUUUAAUUUGGGGGUAACAAUUUUAAUGUCAGAAUAGACAAUUCAGCUGCCUCACUUCUGCAGGUCUGCUGGUUAUAUUUUGAUUUGGAGGGUGUCUAGCAAUCCUCUGCAAGCUGGAUCUCACACUGCACUGACAGAUUUUGUGCACAGGCAAUAGAUUUAUCCGUGUGUGGUAUAGAUGCACAUUAGAUUUUAAUGAGUUGUGCAUAAUAGCAAAGAACGUGUGUGGAAAGUGUGUGAUUGGUUUGAGCAAUGAAAGUGGAGUUUUCUUGGAUUGCCAGGUGAUAAAAAUGCCUUUUAGUCAUCAUUUGAUUCAGUUGGUGUAAUGUUUUAAUGAUCCUCAUACUAGGGAAUUGUCAUUAAACUGAGGUUAAGGUGCAGAAGGGCGAGUUAGGAAAGCUGUCACACAAAAGGAAAGGAGAACAUGGCGGGCAGUUGAGGAGGAGGAGCUGUGGCUGCCAGUGGACACUCACUCAUAAAGUGGAAGUGUCUAAGGAAAACAAAGAUCUCAAGCAUGUCCACCUAGAUAUUAAUGUUAGUAAAAAUUGCUAGGAUUACGUCUUCAAACUCACUGUUCCUCUGUUUUAAAUUUCGACCAGUAAAAGGAUGCUGCAUCAUAUGUGUAAAUGUGUUGGAUUGGAAAAGCAGCAGGAUAACUAGUAGGUUUCAAAUGCAUUGUGCACAUCCACGUUAGGCAGCAUUGUAUAAGUUUCAUUCAGUAUUUGCAAGUUAUACCGUCUUCAAUUCAUGACUAAAAUUGUUUGUGCUUUUCUCAGUUCUUUCAGGCAAGUUCUGAUGCAGGACUUCGAUAACGAAGUUUGCAUUUGAUAUUAUAUGACUUAAGGAGUUUGUGUGAUAAAAUAAAUGAAUGAAGCUUGGUUUGGGCGUGUGUUUAGGAAUCAUCACUUACAUGAGCUGUGCCUCUUCAGUUACCUAGUGUAUUUAUUGUUUUCAUCCCAGUCUUCCUGCUGUUUUGUGAUGGCAAGUAUGGAGUCAUGUUCCUUGUUGUGUUUCUGUUGUCAUUUGUUAUUCAUUGUAGCCCUUUUAGCAUGGAUAAUGUGAGCUCUGUCAGGCCAAGUUGUACAAGGGGUAGCGUGUUCAGUGCAUGCCUCAUUCAGGUAGUUAUGUCCAAUGUAGGGAGUUUGGACUUCAUGUCAUUAUAACUCUUAGCACAACUUAGAUCAAAUAUUUUGUGGGAACUGAAUCUCCCUAUUUCAUUUUGUCCGUUGAUCAGUUUUAUAGUCUCUGCUCAUAGUUGGUUGGUUUCUACUUUUCAGUCGGUUAUUCUGUAACCUCCAGUCAUAGUAUAGGCAGUAGGGUUUGAACUGUGGUAUUUAACUUUUUAAGCACAGUGGUUAGUGUGUGUACCAUUUGCUUUGAUAUUAAAUAGCUCGAUAUUUUACCCACAGUGAAUUUUGUUAUUUCAUAUGAUUCUCAGAGUAAGCAGUGAUUAUUUUACGUAAAUAUGAUUAACUGAUUGAUCUUUGUAAUGAAGGUACAUCAUGUUUCAUCUAAAAAUUCUGAUUUUUUAUGCUAUAGGAAAUCGGUAGCUUCAGAGGAUUAAUAAGAUUUCUGCAGGAGUUAGCAGUCACAGCUGCUGCUUUUGUUGGUUGUAGAAGAAAAAUAAUAUUUAGGUAGUAACCACAACCAUUUGAACUCUCGAUUCACAAUCAUUUGGCGUCAUAUAACCAUUGCAGUUCGUACAAUGCUGGUUGGUGAACUGACAUGUCGAAGCCAAUACAGCAGUGUUGAUAUUUCACAGGAGACUGAAUAUAUGAUUGAAAAACGUGGCAUAGAAAGGGUGUAAGCCUGUCCAUGCUCAGUUUUUAUUUAAAAAUCCGUAACUGUAUUGUACUGGUAAUAUACUUUAUAUUGUCAAAGAGUAUGUACUGUUAGCUUGGAUAACUGUUUUUGAGAUGAUAAAAUGUGUCUUCACUGUUCAUCUGAAACGCAUUCAUACCAGAAGGGACAGACAAUAUGCGUAAAUGCAGUAUAUCCUCAUGUUUAUCUUAAAAAGAGUUAACAACUUGGAUUGGGCUGCUUACAGAACUCUGUGUGUCCACGUAGUUUAACUUGAUUGGCGUUCAUUCAGUUACUGAAAACUUCAUUACUGUGAUAUCAGAGGUGUAAUGUUUUCUGCUGA